AUACUAAAGAUAAUAAUACACGUGGUAUACAUUCUACGUUACACUGCACGUGGUAAAAAUAUCGAUAUAUUACAUUCGACUUUACGAAUUUACGAUUGUAUGAUAUCUCUGACUCUGAAGUUAGAAACUUAUAGUAUAGUACAUUUGGAUGAAACGACAUAUUAAUAUUGUAAACAACUGUUUAAUAGUUAAAUAAUAAUUUAUACUAUUCUAUACAGUUUUAUAAAAUGAAUAGUUCAUCAGAUCCUAGGCGUCCAGAACGAGAAAUUCGUUAUAAACCUAAUGUGUCAAGCAAUCAAGCACAACCAGGCGACAACUCAACUCCAGAUUAUAUGAAUAUAUUAGGAAUGAUAUUUAGUAUGUGUGGUUUAAUGAUGAGAUUAAAAUGGUGUGCAUGGGUUGCAUUAUAUUGUUCAUGUAUUAGUUUUGCUAAUUCUAAAGUGAGUGAUGAUACUAAACAAAUUCUUAGUAGUUUUAUGUUAUCAAUAUCAGCUGUUGUAAUGUCAUACUUACAAAAUCCACAACCCAUGACUCCACCAUGGGCAUCUGCAAUAUAAUAAAGGAAUUUUUAAAUUUC